GGUUCGAAUGGUUAGAGCUGCUGGAGCCGACGGCUGAAGGAGCCCGGGAACGGUUACCUCCUCCCUUGCCCUCGCUCCUAUCUGCGUCUCCCGGGAGGCCCUGGCGCCGCCUCUGCGGGGGCGCGCUCCGGAGCUCGCCGCUUGAGGCGGUCACGCGCACGCAGGGCCGUGCGCCCGCGCGCUCCCUCCGAACCCGGAAGUGCGAGGGAGAGCGGGCCACGUGGGUGGAGCUGGAGCGCAGCGCGCAUGGGGGAGGCAAUCCCGCUGGCCGCCCCGGUCCCGGUGGAACAGGCCGUGCUGGAGACGUUCUUCUCUCACCUGGGUAUCUUCUCUUACGACAAGGCCAAGGACAAUGUGGAGAAGGAACGCGAGGCCAACAAGAGCGCGGGCGCCAGCUGGCUGUCGCUGCUGGCGGCCUUGGCGCACCUGGCCGCGGCCGAGAAGGUCUAUCACAGCCUCACCUACCUGGGGCAGAAACUAGGAGGCCAGUCGUUCUUCAGCAGGAAGGAUUCCAUCCGCACCAUCUACACGUCCCUGCACAACGAGCUGAAGAAGGUGGUGGCUGGCCGCGGUGCCCAGGGCGGGACGGCGCCUCACGUGGAAGAACUGCUUUCCCACCUGUCGGAGCAGCUCUGCUUCUUCGUCCAGGCCCGCAUGGAGAUCGCAGACUUCUAUGAGAAGAUGUACACACUCAGCACACAGAAGUUCAUCAAUGCUGAAGAGCUCGUUGGCCUUUUGGACACCAUCCUCAAAAAAUACAGCUCCAGGUUUCACCACCCGAUCCUCAGUCCGUUGGAGAGCAGCUUUCAGCUGGAGGUCGAUGUCCUGAGCCAUCUGCUGAAGGCCCAGGCCCAGGUCUCGGAGUGGAAGUUCCUCCCGUCUCUCGUUAAUCUCCACAGCGCUCACACCAAGCUGCAGACCUGGGGCCAGAUCUUUGAAAAACAGCGGGAGACCAAGAAGCAUCUGUUCGGAGGGCAGUCUCAGAAGGCAGUUCAGCCCCCACACCUCUUCCUCUGGCUGAUGAAACUCAAAAACAUGCUGCUGGCCAAGUUUAGCUUUUACUUCCACGAGGCGCUGAGCCGGCAAACGACUGCUUCAGAAAUGAAAACGUUGACUGCCAAAGCCAACCCCGACCUCUUUGGAAAGAUUUCCAGCUUCAUCAGGAAAUAUGACGCUGCCAAUGUGUCCUUAAUUUUUGACAACCGAGGUUCCGAGAGCUUUCAGGGUCAUGGCUAUCACCACCCCCACUCGUACAGAGAGGCCCCGAAGGGUGUGGACCAGUAUCCAGCUGUGGUGUCUCUGCCCAGUGAUAGGCCGGUCAUGCACUGGCCCAAUGUCAUCAUGAUCAUGACUGACCGCACGGCCGACCUGAACAGCCUGGAGAAAGUGGUCCACUUCUACGAUGACAAAGUUCAGAGCACCUACUUCCUAACCCGCCCAGAGCCUCACUUCACCAUCGUCGUCAUUUUUGAGUCAAAGAAAUCUGAGAGAGACUCCCACUUUAUUUCCUUCCUCAAUGAACUCUCACUUGCCCUUAAGAACCCCAAAGUUUUUGCCAGUUUGAAGCCUGGAUCCAAAGGAUGACAGUGGUUUUGUGUGAGAGGUUUUUCAAGACUGUGAUUUUGUUCUUAAUUGCUCUAAUGAUCUGCAGUGGCCUGUGAUUAGGGUUUAUAUCCCUUCAUGCUUCUCUCAGAGCUAAAUUAAAGACAAAGCCUCCCUAAUUGUGUUGCACACUUUUGAAUUAAGUAUCCAAAGAGUAAUCUAGGAAGUGACCACAGGCUACUGUGCAUCUCCCAUGGUACUGCAGCAUAGCUUCAGUAUUUUCUCCUGUUUUCCUGUAAUAUAUGUCUAUUACGUAUUUAUUGAGCUUUGCUUUUUCUUUCCAGAUAUUUUUAAUUGUUCUAAACAUUGUGUUUUAGUGCAAUUUGAAGCACCUUCUCUCCCUUCUUCUUGGAAUAAUAAUUGGGAUCAGAUAUUAAAUGGCCUUUUUCGGAUGAAAGACUACAUGUUUGUUAUCUCAGAUUAGUACGUCAAUAUGGAAUUACUAGUUUUAUGAUUCUGACCUACGUGUUAAUAUUGGUGAUGCUCAAACAGGGUCCUGGUAAGGAAGUCCUUUGAGCUACAAAAAUGGAAGGUGAAUCAGAUCAGUAGCAUAAGACCUACACGGGUGACUGCACACCUGACUGCGUUUGUUUUUACCCGUAUGGAGUUUGGAUUUUUCGUUGUUUUAAAGUCAGCAUAAGCCAUCGUAUGCAUUUUCUUCUGUCCUCAGCAUACUGCCUGCGUGGCUUUGUGUUGAUCAGUUUUCUGCUGAAAUGUAUGUUCAUGUUUGCCUCCUCUCCCUCCCUGGUUAUUUUAGGCUCGGAAACUGUGCAGUCUUGGUUUUUCAGCCACUUUGAGAUUCUCGUGCAAUGAAACCUACUUUUACAAAAGCAAAAUGAAGGGCUUGAUAAAAAUCAAUGUGUGCAUUCAGAAGACCUCUUCAUAGCUGAGAAAUCAACUGAGUGCUUAAGCACACCUGAACGUGGGUUUCCUGCCUGCCUCCCUUGCGUUAGGUUUAGAAGCAGUGCUGCAUUUGGUACAUGCUGCCUCAGCGCCUUCCUUCAGCAGGAGCUAAUGGGGACGUAGGGGGAUCAGAGAAGGCAUAAUGGGCUGUGGAGACGUUACUUCUGUGUUACUGAUUCAGAAUAAAGAAGCCAGAGAGAGUAAUUGGGUUGUUACUCCUUGACAGUUCCUUCAUAGCUUGUAUGAAAUGUAACGGUCAGAUCAGUCUUGUGUCUCAUGAUUGUACAGAGCACUGUUUCACUGGGCGUCCACAGCAGGCGUGCCAGUGACGCUAGAAGAGCCCAGACUGCCCUGCCUGUCCGUCGGGACUGCCUGGUAGAGGAACCCAUCGGCCUGCUUUCUGGGGGAACAUGUGUAUUUCUGUCCAUCUGUCCCUUCUUUCAUCCCUCCUUUUCUGUUUUUCAAUAAAGGUCAUAUGAUUUGUAAAAAGCCCGUUUUUUUUUUUUUUUUCCUAAAUAGAAAGUAGCAAUUUACAUUUUAUUCAUUCAGGUUCUGUAAAAAUCUGAAGAGAUUUUACAACAUUGACCUUACAUAAGCAAAUUGAAGACAAUUGGAACUAAAAAGUCAAAUUACUUUUCCUUUUGUGUUUUGCAAAAAGAAAAAAAAUGAAGAGUAUUCUUAGAUUGCAUAUAUUUUUUCCUAGAUAAAACCACCAGUAGCAUUAAUGAUAAGGUCCCCCAUGGGCCUUAAAGAACUUAUGCUUCAGUGGAACGCAGCGAGGGUAUAAAUAAAACAUAUCUGCAGUAUCUAAGUAAGCAAAUAGGCACAUGUUCAAAUUGUGUAUUUAUUUUUAAACAUUUUAAUCAUAAAAGGAAUUUACAAAGAACAGAACACAUGUGAAUAUUAAAUCUAAACAUAUUCAUAAAUCACUAUGCAGCUGUCAGAGUAUACUGGAGAAGUUCUUAAAUAUUCAAUAUUGAUACUUUAAUCCUAAACUCUUCAAUGAAGUUUUCUAGUUAUAAAAAUACUCCAUAUUUUGUUAAAACAAAAAAUAGAUUUUUACUCUUAAGAUUUAUCCUCUAAGUACAAGAAUGAUACAAUCUGUAAUGUCUCUGUUUGGCUCAUUGGAAGAGUAAAUCUGCAUAUUUUCUGCAGAAUGCUUACUUUGAAAUUUAUUUCUAAACCACAAGUUGAUAAAUUUUUAUGGGUAGCUGGAAACAUGGUCAACAUAGCCCGCCAAGGAGGCCGGAAAGGAGUGUUUCAUAUUAGGAUGAGCUUUUCCAACUUUGUCCUCUGUUGGGUCCAGUCUGAUAAUCUGACUGUGUCAUUUUAGGGAGUGUGUGAAAAUAAAACCUGAUUCUUAACUGAGGAGCCAAUGCCCUUUAUAAAAUUCCUUUUGUGCUUUUGGACAUGUUGGGAGAAAGUCACUUGCAGGAAAGAAUCGUUGGUGCUGCUGUCCCAGUGGGCGGUGUUUAACACACAUCCACCCUUUGGACCGGGCUGCAGACCUGCAGUUUUGUUCCCUUGGCAAGUCAGCCUCUGAGCUCAACUUCUCUGUCUGUGAACUGGGAAUGCCCAGAAAACGUGGGGUGCCUUUUUCAAAGGAUAGCAGAAGGCUGGAAUGAGAUCACGCCCUUGAAAAGGGCUUUGCAGACCUACUGAAGUUUGAAAGCUAUGCAAAGAUGGGCCACCCUUCCCUUAAACGCCUCCUGUUCUCUCCAAGUCCGUGGCAAACCUGUGCUUAGUCAUUAAGUUUGAUGACUACUCAACAAACCGGGACAGAAGAGGAGACAGAUAAAUGCCUAACCAACACACACCCCCUCUCCCUAUUUUAGAAUCUUUGUGGUUCUUUGUUCCAGAGGUUUCACGGUUACUUGGUAGUAUCAUCUCAGUCCUUCCAUAUUACUGAAUUUUGGAGUUAACAUCUCCCACUAUGACUGUGGGCAUGUGUCUUUCUUCCUUUGUUAGUUUUUCCACCCUGUUCUGUGGAGCCCUUUUAUGAGGCCUAAAUUUCUAUUUUUUGCUGUCUUUCCAUGUAUUCACUCAUCACAGUAAAAUUUCCUGCUUUAUCUCUAAGAGUCUGCUUGGAAGUCCAUUUUGCCUCUACUUGGCCAUGGCCGUGCUAGCUUGCUGAGCUUAUGUUUGCUUACAAUGUCUUUUUCCAUUUUCUCACUUUACCCCUCCUUGUACCUUUGUAUUUAAAGUGUCUGCAGUAAGAACUGAAAAGGGAUUGAAAGGGCGACCGUCUCAGCCUUUUGAUUGGAGUGUUUAGCUCAUUUCUCGUAGGUUUUACAGCAGGAUUUUGAUGACUGUGUCCUUGAACUUUCACUUAACAUGGUUUUUGCUUUUUUUCCUCCUUUCAUACUGGGAGUUAGAGCAAGAGGCUUCAUCAGAUUCAGUAUUUCUUUUGGUAAUGCAGUACUGUGUUUCUUAUUAGAAGGCAGCUAGUAUCUGGCAUUGCCUACAUAGGUUAUAUCAUUAUAGGUUACAAAAUGGUGAAAUCCUAAUUAUCGCUUUGUCAUUUGUGGGCCCAGAACAACACACCUGUGAUGAGAAACGUACCCUUCAACUACUUGAUGCAUAUAGGAAUGAUGGGGUAAAUCCUUGAUGCUUUUGCCUCUUUAAAGCCUGUUUUUAAAGAAGUGUGUAUCCGUUUGUAAGGAUUUCUGCCUCUUGGGUUAACUUUGAAGCAAAGCAGCCAUUUCGCCCCCUUACCACAGGAUACUUUUCUGUAAAUGUUAUGACCUUCCCUCAUUUCUUCCUCCUCACAGUUUCUCUCUCUCUCUCUUUCUCUCUCUCUCUCAUUAAAGAUUUUUAUUUAUUUGAGGGGUAGAGUUACAGACAGAGGGAGAGACAGGCAGGUCUUCCAUCUGCUGGUUCAUUCCCCAGAUGGUGGCAAAGGCCAGAGCUGACCCCUAUCCAAAGCCAGGAUCUUCUUCUGGGUCUCCCACGCAGGUGCAGGGCCCAUCUUCUACUGCUUUCCCAGGCCACAGCAGAGAGCUGGAGUUUCUCUUACUGUUUCCUCUUCCUUCCUCCAACCGCUCCCCGCAUUUCCUUUCUUUCCCUCCCGUCUUUUCGUUCCUGGUAUCUUCCUCACCAGUUCCACUUUAGUCAUUCCUCAUGCCUCUGUCCAGAAGACCCCAGUGGUUCUGACCGAGUUUUGAAAAGCAGCAUCAUUUUAGUAGCUUUUACAACCAGGUGGUCUUUUUCACGUAGUAAGGAAGGAAUACAUUCAGGGGAACAAUUUGAUGUUACACUUGGGAACUAGCCACUUUGUGAACAUACAGAACUGUUGUGGAUUAGACAAGGCUGGGCUCCUAAAACUCAUACAGACUUUUGGACCCCACACAGUGGAUUAGUGUUGACAGUGGAUUAGGAUGCAGGGGUCUGCAGCGGGCCUUUGGGAAGUGCCUGGAUUGAUUAGGUUGCUAGGGUGGAGCCCCGUGGGCAGAUCGAGCUGGCUCUAUAGAGACUUCCCAGAGUGCAGAGGAAGCGAGUUUCCCAGGUCUCUCCUUCCUGGCUCACCAUUGGCUGGGGUCCCCAGAGGCCGGACUGCUGAGGUUGCCCUGUCUUGAACUGUGAACCACCAAACCGUAAGUCAAACCUUUUCCGAGAAGCCCCGGUCGGCUUUUGUUGAAAGCAACAAAAAGCUAACUAACAGAAAUGACCCUCAACUAACUACAGCCAGGCAGAACUGUAUGUAUGAAAGAGACCAUUUGGCUGAAAAACGUACUUUGAAACUAAAAUGUUUGCAAGUACAUUUUUAUUAUGUAACUUAUUAAGCAAAAGAUCACUUGUAAUUUAUUCUAAUUAGGGAGUGUAUGAAAGCAUUAAAUUAGCUUCUGAUUUCUUUAAGUAAAAGUAUAAAAAAAUAGCUUUUAUUUCUUCUUCUUCCUGAGGGGAAAAAGUGCCGCCAGAACUCCAAGAAAGCCCUGUAGGUAGAAGUUAAUUUGGCAAUCCCCACUCUACUUUUCUACCAGGUUCCUAUUACUAAUGCAAUUAUCCCAUGGCCGUUUGCCUGAAUUAUUCUAAACUGCUUCUCCAUAGGAGAGGAGUCAGAAGAAAGGGACCUGAUGUGUGCUUCUGGCUUUGGAGAUUCUUAUGUAAAUCCAUAAGGCUUCCUUAAUGCACUGUGUCUGGACUUGUCUGCAGGUUUCUUCGAUCUGCUUUCGAUGACCACGUCUGUUUCUAGGGUGCUUUAAGACCAUGUGGAAUGAGUAAAAUUUCGACACUUGAGAUGGAGAGAGGCGAAGGGGUUUGCUUUCUGUGGCCCCCUUCUGAUGUGGGGAGGCUACUGCACCGUGUAGUGUGUUCUGCUUAGCUGUGCAGUGGCAAUCGCAGGGAAAUGGAGAGUGCCACUUGACAUCGUCCUAGGAGACUUUGGGACUUCAGCUAACUUUAUCCCCAGUGUUGUGUCUGAGCCAGUGCAAACAGAGGAGCACCACACAUUGAUAAAAUUUGAGGGUCCUUUAUUGCCAGGCGGUGGAGAGCGGGCUCAUGCCCUAAAGAACUCUUGACCCCCAAGUUCAAAGCAAUGAGGUUUAUAAAAGCAAAAGCCACAAGGAGAGGGGUGGGUAUCCAUGGUUAAUAGAGUCAAGCUGACGUAAAGCAUAUGGGACACUGAUAUCAGUUACCAUGUUGAUAAUACCAACUAUAGUCUUGACGUUAUUCCAAGUGUCAACCUAAAUCCUAUGUGGGAUGCAGACAAAUUAGAAUCCUAACAUGAAUCCAGGUGCAUCCUAUCUGUUUGAAGAUUGAACAAUCAUGCUAAGGAGUUUCUAUGCUCUACCAAGUGGGAUGCAGUGUGCUGUUAUUGUGUUAAGUUUUAGACCAUAGUUAGUUUCAGACCAUAGUCUCACGAUGUGUGUGUGUGUAGAUGCUUUCCCAAGAAUGGCGUCUAUGGGCCGGCACCGCGGCUCAAUAGGCUAAUCCUCCACCUAGCGGCGCCGGCACAUCGGGUUCUAGUCCCGGUCGGGGCACCGGAUUCUGUCCCAGUUGCCCCUCUUCCAGUCCAGCUCUCUACUGUGGCCCAGGAGUGCAGUGGAGGAUGGCCCAAGUGCUUGGGCCCUGCACCCCAUGGGAGACCAGGAUAAGUACCUGGCUCCUAACUCCUGCCUUCGGAUAGGUGCCGUGCACCGGCCGCAGCACGCUGGCCGCGGUGGCCAUUGGAGGGUGAACCAACGGCAAAAGGAAGACCUUUCUCUCUCUCUCACUGUCCACUCUGCCUGUUUAAAAAAAAAAAUGGAGUCUAUGGUGAUCUAAAAUGGAGUCCCUACUGUCAAGGUGCCCCUUCACUAGGGGGUGAAUUUUACACUUGUUGCUCUUAGAAACUUUAGCAUAAAUAUAGACUCCAGGUAAAUCUGAAAAUCUGAUGCCUGAUUUGUCUGGGAUUUAUGACUCACGUGAAUGACUUCCUAGGUUAGGUCUAGUUUCAUUUCAAGUUUAAUGUGACAAGAUAUGGCAGUGCAGGAUACUCCUCACCCCACAGGGAAGGUCUCUGUCUCUCCAUUUAGGCCAGUGUUGGAGCAGAAGCAGGUAGAGGACACCCAUGACUUUAUAGUAUUCAACUUAACAACUGUUAAACAUCAAUCAUACUAAGGGUGGUGAUGUUAUAGUCAACCAAGAACAACAUGGUGCCUGCUUGGUUGGUGCUUCUAAUGGGGAGAGCUGGAUCCAAGCAGCCAGGAGCUGAGAGUGCUCCUCUAACCAAUAAGGUAAUGAAUAGUCUUCAGACUGGUUUUGCUUGCAUUCUUCCUUCCAAAUUUCAGAAAAAUUAUGAUAUUCUGAUGAAUUUUUUAAAAAGAAAAAAAUCAUCAUUAACAUUAUUUUCAAAUAGCCUCAAAGGAUGUAUUUGAGUAUGUAUUGUAAAUAUUGAUGUUUAAAAUGAAAAUGUUAAUUGCUCUUUUAAAUGUAUCCAAUAAAAUCUUGGUAUAAUAGGGACUUGGUAGCUACCAUUUGCCAUAUUUACAAAUGCCUUAAUGAGCUCUGUAACAGUUGGAGAUAUUUUGAAUGAAUUCUUUUGCUUCUUGAAUUCCAUUUUACUGAUUUCAGUUUUAUACUAUGAUGAUUUUUUGUUUGAAAAUUUUAUUGAUCUCACCACUACCUACUUCUCAGCAUAUUAUAUACAAGGAUAUUUCAAGAAAAAAUGAUGGAAAAUUGAACUAGGAAACGUUUAUUUUGGUGCAAAGCAAUUUGAAAUCCAUGCAUAUGAUGGUCUUUUAAAAGUUGAUGAAAAGUAUGUAUUAUGAAAAAGCCAUGCAUGGAUUUCAAAAUAGUUUGCACCAAAUUUUAUCUUUUAAUUGAAUUUUCCACAAACUUUUUUGAAGUGCCUUCAUUUAUAGGUAUGUGUAUAUAUGUAUGUAGAUAAAGGUUCUUUGUCUUACUGUAGGCAUUAAGAGUUUAAUGAUCAAAUGACAUAUAUUAAAAAUGUUAAUAAAUACCAAACAAAAAGUUGCAUUUAAUUUGAAAAGCAUCUUUCAAUGAAAUCAAUAUCUGUAGUGAUUAUGGUGACUUGGUUAAAAAAAUUGUCUAAAUGCCCCUUACACACUACCCACCCCAUAUUGAGAACUGUGAAGAGUGUGCGAUUUUACCUUACUUGUUGGCUAACGAGGUAGCCUGCCACAGUUUCAUAAAUGCUGGCAGAAGACAUAAGACAGUUAUUACAGCAAUUGCAGUAACUGGAACAUCACCGUAUUUGCAUUGGUUUUCCGAGCUCUGGUUCCUAGGGGACCCAUGUGGAUGGUCCCAGAUGGAUGCUUGCUCAUCACAGUGAGUUAUAUUUCAGGAGAUGCAUUCUGAUUUUAGGAAUCCAAAGUAUUUGGUGGUCAGUGAGCUGCCUUCCACUUGGCUCUGGGGGAAUCAUUAUUGCUUUAGACAGGAAGCAUAUUAGUUUCCUAGGGCUAUGUUUUCCAUAUGUCUACUUAGCUUCUGGUGGUUUGCUGAAAGUCUUUGACCUUGUCUCAAAGUUGCAAAACUCUAAUCUCUGCCUUCACCAUCACAUGGCAUUCUCUGUGUCUUUGUGCUUACUUGGCUGUCUUCCUAGAAGGAUACCAGUCAUAGGAACGAAGGGCCAUCCUACUCCAGUAUGAGCUCAUCUUAAUAUGACAUCUGUAACAACACUAUUUCCAAAUGAAGUCAUACUCUGGGGUCCUACAGUUAGUAAUGGGGCAUAUUUUUGUGGGGGUAGGAGAAGCAAUUCAACUCAUAAUAGUGAACUUGAAUGUUCUUUGCUGUAGAGGGACAUAAAAUCUCUAAAUGGAAAACCCUGUCUUCCCAGGAUGCUCUCUAAACACACAUCACUGAUAGUCUGGAACUAAGGGUAGUCACUGGCUCAUUCUCAAGACCUGCACAAACAUUGAAAACCCAUGGAAAAAUGUCUUCUAAUGUACCAUAGUUAACAUGGGUGAGAUCCAUAUU